AUGGAUCAGCUCAACUCCUCUGGCUAUGUGAUCAAUGCCUCUACUUUAGUAAGAAACAGCACCGGUGUUCCGACUCCCGCCCCCAAAAUAAUCAUUGCUGUUUCUUUGUUCAUGUCGUUUAUAAUCGGCACCACCAGCAACGGCCUCUAUCUAUGGAUGCUGAAAUUCAGGAUGCAAAGGACCGUCAAUACUGUCUUAUUUUUUCAUCUCAUCCUCUCCUAUUUUAUCUCAACAUUGGUUCUGCCAUUUAUGGCCAUCUCCUACCUUCAGGACAAUCACUGGGCCUUUGGAACCGUCUUGUGCAAAGUCCUCAACAGCACUUUGUCUGUGAGCAUGUUUGCCUCUGUUUUCUUCCUCUCCGCCAUCAGUGUUGAUCCUUAUCUCCUCACCCUUCACCCAGUGUGGGCCCAGCAGCACCGAACCCCACGCUGGGCUUCCCGAAUAGUCUUGGGAAUCUGGAUUUCCGCCACUACCCUCAACAUGCCCUAUUUGGUUUUCAGGGAGACACAUGACAACCAUAAAGGCAGAAUGCUAUGUGAAAAUAACUACCUUGUGUCUGCUAACUGGGAGAACCGGGAGAAGCAAGCGUUACGGCAAGGCAUUCACACAGCCUGUUUCAUCGGCCGCUUCCUGCUGGGCUUCUUCUUGCCCUUCCUGGUCAUCGUCUCUUGCUACCAAAGAGUGGCCACCAAGAUGAAGGAGAAGGGACUCUUUAAAUCCAGCAAGCCCUUCCAGGUCAUGACGACGGCUGUCAUCUCUUUCUUUGUGUGCUGGAUGCCUUACCAUGUAUACAGCGGCUUGGUUCUCAUCAUGAACCAGUCACUACUUUUACCAUUGACUCUGGUACUUAUGAUGGUGACCAUCUUUUUCAAUUCUGUGUUUUCUCCCAUCCUCUAUCUAUUCACCAGGGAGAAAUUCAAGGUUUCAAAGAAAUCUACUCUUGCUCUGUUUAAGUCAAAAUUCAGUGAUGAUUUUUCCACAGAAAGGGCAUAA